GUGGUCAGUGGAAGUGGGGCGGAGGGCCCAGGCUGGGCUUGACAGGCCUGGAUCAUGCCUGGGGCAGUGCCCAAGGCCCACCCCCUUCCAGCCCCAGCUCUACACCUGGCGGAGGGGGGGGGGGCGGCAUCUGGGGUCCUGCACAGGCCCUGGGAAGGGAACAAGCCCGCUGACCAGUGGUGCUUUCUGAGCCCUGGGCAGGCAAAGACAUCCGAUAGGCUGGUACCUGUCUGCACAACAGGGGCAGUGGGGAAAGGAAGCAAGGGGGCCUGGGGGGCCCUUCCUCCCCCAGAAGGCAUGGCACUCCUAUGUCCAUCCACCACCCCCUUAUGCUCCAGGGACCUCGGGGCUCAAACGAAGCCAGGUGCUAGCCACAAUGGGGCUGUUUCUUUGGUGCCCAGGCGUGUCUCCCAGGCCUCCUGGUGCAGGAAGAGUCCAGGAAGGAAUGCAAUUGCCCCUUCAUGCCCCGCCCACCUGGAGCUGGUCUCCAAGGACUGGAAGUCUGCUUAGAUAACUGGCCAGUCUCCUCAGAAGGGGAACCUGCAGAGCACCUGGGAUAGGCCACAGGCUCUAGAGUUGGAGGUCACCACACUGAACCUAGGGGACACGGCCUGCCCUGGAACCUGACAGGCCAGAGACCCGGGAUCCAAGAGCUGGUCUUUCGCACACCGCCGGUGGGGAGCGGCCAGGCUGUGGCAGGCAGCAGAGCGGGCUGGACCCAACAGGUCCAGGCCCCGGGGGCUGCCCUCCCUUCCCCACACCUGCACUGAGGCGGCCCUCUUCUGGAAACAGCCUCUGUCCGGGACGCACAACCCGCCCUCUUGGCCAUGGGUGGUGCCGUGGUUGACGAGGGCCCUACAGGCAUCAAGGCCCCUGAUGGGGGCUGGGGCUGGGCCGUUCUCUUUGGCUGCUUCGUCAUCACGGGCUUCUCCUACGCCUUCCCCAAGGCGGUCAGCGUCUUCUUCAAGGAGCUCAUGCGUGAGUUUGGGAUCGGUUACAGCGACACAGCCUGGAUCUCCUCCAUCCUGCUGGCCAUGUUGUACGGGACAGGCCCACUCUGCAGCGUGUGCGUGAACCGCUUUGGCUGCCGGCCCGUCAUGCUCGCGGGUGGCCUCCUGGCGUCCCUGGGUAUGGUGGCUGCGUCCUUCUGCAGAAGCAUCAUCCAGCUCUACCUCACCACUGGGGUCAUUACCGGCUUGGGUUUGGCGCUCAACUUCCAGCCGUCACUCAUCAUGCUCAACCGCUACUUCAACAAGAGGCGCCCCAUGGCCAACGGGCUGGCAGCCGCGGGCAGCCCUGUCUUCCUGUGCACCCUGUCCCCACUGGGGCAGCUGCUGCAGGACCACUAUGGCUGGCGGGGCGGCUUCCUCAUCCUGGGGGGCCUCCUGCUCAACUGCUGCGUGUGCGCUGCGCUCAUGAGGCCCCUGGAGGCGCCCAGGCCGGGUUCGGGGCCUGCGCCCCAGCGGCCAUCCCAUCGGCUGCUGGACCUGAGCGUCUUCAGGGACCGUGGCUUUGUCAUCUACGCCGUGGCCGCCUCCAUCAUGGUGCUGGGGCUCUUUGUGCCCCCCGUGUUUGUGGUGAGCUACGCCAAGGACCUGGGUGUGCCCGACACCCAGGCUGCCUUCCUGCUCACCGUGCUGGGCUUCGUCGACAUCUUUGCCCGGCCCACCGCCGGCUUCAUCACAGGCCUUAAGAAGGUGCGGCCCUACUCCGUCUACCUCUUCAGCUUCUCCAUGUUCUUCAAUGGCUUCACUGACCUCACGGGGUCCACGGCCAGCGACUACGGAGGCCUGGUGGUCUUCUGCAUCUUCUUCGGCAUCUCUUACGGCAUGGUGGGGGCCUUGCAGUUCGAGGUGCUCAUGGCUAUUGUGGGCACCCAGAAGUUCUCCAGUGCCAUUGGCCUCGUGCUGCUGCUGGAGGCCAUCGCCGUGCUCAUUGGGCCCCCAUCGGGAGGCAAGCUCCUGGAUGCAACGCACGUCUACCAGUACGUGUUUGUCCUGGCAGGGGCCGAGGUGCUGGCCUCCUCCCUCGUGCUGGUGCUGGGCAACUUCUUCUGCAUUAGGAAGAGGCCCGAGGCGGCCGUGGAGGAAGAGGAGCGCCACAAGCCCCCCGCGGACGUGAGGGUGGACUCUCGGGAGGUGGAGCACUUCCUGAAAGCAGAGCCCGAGAAAAACGGGGAGGUCGUUCACACCCCAGAAACAAGCGUCUGAGCCCAGGAGGCCAGCGGGGGUGAUGGAACCGGACAGAGACGUCAACGCUCAUGUUUAUUUCACAAACAGGCCUAGCUUGGCCGUCCGUGUUUCUCCGGGGAGGUGGUGGGCUGGGAACCGUGUCAUUCCAAACUGGUGAAGCCCAGCCGCGAGGUUACGAGCCGUCUGCACCAGGGAACCAGCCUGCUGACCCCGGAGCAGCCCGGUGCCCACCGCUGAGCUCAGGGACCUAGAAACCCACGCUUCAGAGACAAUACGGCGGGCGUCAGAGGGCGAGGCUGGGGAGAGCCGGCUGAGCGGCACGGUCUCAGGAAGGGGCCUCCCCGCGUGGCUGGCUGCGCCCCAUCCUGCCCUGUCUCCGCCACGGCGCCCCAGCCCGCCCCUCGCGGGGUGCCUGGGGAACCAAACUCCCUUCACCUCUGAAGGUCUGAAAUAAACCUGCGUGUGGGAGGAGCCACCUUGGAAGGAACGUCUUCAAGGAGCUAGGGUGUUUUUCUACGUGGGGUAGGGGUCUGUUCACUCCAAAUUCCUUUUCUCAACAAUCUGGUUUUUACAGAGUGGCUCUGGCCCUUGUCAGCCGGGUCAGCUUUCUAAGCUGCUGGUUCUGAACCCUGCCCUGCUGGAGCCCAGACGGCUCAGCGUCCACACACGGCCCCGGUGGCUGGCAGGGAAGGGGGCCGUGCUGCAGGGGUGUGGCCGUGCUCGGGAGCCCCCUACAAGGCAUGUGCACUUAAGCUGAGACAUACGUGUGAUUCUAGUUCACUGCGUGUGUGUUUAAAGAAAAUGA